AUGCCGAGCACGUACAACACGGAGCCGAGCGACCGGAUGGAAGUGGAGGAGGUGAAGGCGACGGAUUCGGAGAAGUGGAAGCUUCCGAGGGAAGUCGACGAAGGAGAGUCGAGCGUGAAUCGCGGAACUCGGACGGAGGAAUGGCUGACGGAUUGGAACGAAGUCAGCUGGAAGGAAAGAAGGAGCAGGACGAGAAGGUUCGGUCGGGUUGUCAGAGACGUUGAAGCGGUAGAGGCAGAGACGAGAAAGAGACUGCGGGAUAUGCCAAACGUCUCAGACCGGGAGAGAGAGUUUAUCGCGGAGCCGAUGAACGCGUUUUCGCGGGAACUCCAGAAACGAUUCGAGGAAAUCGGGGAGAACAAGUGGCAGCGGGAAGUGAUGCGAGUGAUGGAGUCGGCGCAGUUAGAGACCGUCGAGCAGUUGCAGGAAUUAGUCACGAGUGGGGAGGCACGGGAAAGUGAUGAAAGCAAAUGGCGGAGAAGCGCGAAGAACUCAUCGGAGUACAAGAAACUGAGAGAAGAAUAUGGCAUUUUGCAGGCAGAAAUGGCCGCGGAGACGGACAAGCUGAGCAAGGCCAUCGAUCGGUUGGAAACGGAGAAGGAGGCGUUGCGAAGACGCUUGGAGAAGGCCGAGAAGGCGGUGAAAACCGAGAGGAAAACGGCGGAGCAGACGAAAGCCAACCUUCUGGGAUGCCAGGGUAGGCUGGACGAACUGCUGAACAGGAAACCACAGUCGAUGCAGGUGCGCUCGCGGAGGCGAGGCGAACGACCGAGAGGUUCGAGGGAGUCAUCGACAACAACAUCAAGAGGUCUGGAAAGCCGACGAGGUACGGGGCGGAAGAUAGACAGAAGCGUGGACUGGCGCGAGGAAGUCGCAGGAUGGGAGGUCGGAGACAAAAGAGAGAGCGUGAGAAGCAGGUCGGGGUCCAGGGACGAAGUAAGAGACAUGGUCCUCUGCAUGAGUCGGAUGAUGAAGGUAUCAGCCCUACCUGAGCCUAACCAGUUUGACGGGACCAGCGACCUGGGAGAGUUCAAGCGAGCCUUUCUCCUCAAAUACCAUCAUGUGGUGGAGGAUGACGAAGAGCUGAUCACCAUCUUGGAGGACAGAUUCCUGAAGGGACCAGCGAAAUCACUGUUCAAGACGCUGCAAGGACGAUUCUGCCGACCGGUGAAAGAGCUGUUCGAGGAGUUCGAGAGGAAACUGAGGAAGCGCCAGGGAGACCGCAAGACGGAGGCGCUGAACGAGUUCGACGAUCUGAGCAGGAAGCCAGGUCAGAUGAUGUGGGAGUUCUUGGUGGACGUGGAGAAGUGGUCGAGGGAAGCGUACCCGGAGGUGGGAGAGGAAACUCUGUCGCAGAUGCGCACCACGAAGCUCAUGAAAGCCGUCCGAGAGGACGAAACGCUGCACAAGUUGUUGAUCAUGCGGAGACUGGAAAUACCGUUAAGAGAACAGUACGAACAGUUGAAAGACGUCGUCCUCCAGCAGGAGAACGAGAGAUGCAGGGACAACAGGCAGAGGAUGAGCGGGUGGAAAGGGAAGGAAGACGGAUCGAGGAUGAUCACGGAGAAUGCGAGUCAACAGCAUUCGGAGAAUGGAGUAGAAGACGUGAAACCGAACGAAGAGAGCAGAGCAGAAGAGAACAAUGUGAGGUGUUUUCGCUGUGGAGGUGUUGGCCACGUGGCUAAUUACUGCACUUCAAAAUCGGUCAUGUACGUUGGGUGCAGAGGAAAGGGGACAGCAGAAGGCGUGAUGAAGGAGGCCGUCGAGACGAUCAGGGUGUUGGGUCAAGCACGGAGGAUAAUCAUCGACAGCGGAGCAGUCGUAUCUGUCAUUUCGACGCGAGCGUGGGAACGUCUCAAGAAGGGAUGCAGAGGUUGGGAGAAAGAAGUGAAAGUGUUGGAGAAACCAAGCUUUUCGCUCGUGAAUGUGGAGAAGAAGAAGAUGCCGGUAGAAAAGCAGUUGCAGCUGCUGCUUGAGAUCAGAGGAAGGAAGUCGAAAGUCUUGUUCCAACUGGUGCGAAGCGAGGCGGAGAUCUUGUUGCUCGGAACGAAUGCAUUCAAGAGUGUGGGAGUAGAGUUGAAAUGGCGAGCAGAGGAGACUGGAGCCGGGAAGCAUGAAGCGAAGCUGGGGAAACGAGCUGCGCGUCUGAAUAAAAUCAGGGAAUAUCACGUUGGAAACGGAGAUUCUUGCAGAGUGCGGAACCGGGAUGGAUUCGAUCGUGACGGAGGGUCGCGCGUGAUUGUGGACAAGGUGUCGCACAAAUCGCUCGGGACGCUGGCCACCGGACAACUAUCGACUGCGGAAAAGCUGGAGAAGGAGAAGGAGAUUGGAGGGAGACGGGAACCGAAGAAGACGGUCGUGCGCGAAGCAGAUCUGGUGAUCGGACCUCGUCUCAAGUUCAGUUCGCCGGCUUACUUCGACAUCAAAGCGAAGGCCGACGUGGCGUGGACGGAGAAAUACGAUUGGAAGGGCGUCGAGAAGGUGGUCAUGUUGGCGAAAUGGACGGUCGAUCCCACCGAGAACGAGAAUCGGGCGGAAAUCAUCGAGUCGAUCGCCAAAGACGUUAAGGAUCUGAUCGUGGUGCCAAUUCGGAGGGCAUGCAAGUUCAACGAAGUCGGAGGGAUAACGGAGUGCACUGAGUCACAGCGUGGACAUGAGACCAAAGGAGACUGCUGGCGCAUCUUGCACUCACUUGGCGCACUAUUGGAUUUUUUUGGUUUCGCAAUUAAAAAUCUUUUUUUCUCGUUUUUUUAUCUUUUUAAAACAUGUCGAAACGCAAUUUUUUUCGUUAAAUAUUUGUUGCAAAAAAACUCAAAUUUGAAUUUUUCAGGACUCGUUGCAACAAUUUCUGCAGUUGGAAAGGCGCGAAGCUGAUGGAAAUUGCCGAGCGGCACGGAGUAGCGGUUAGAAUAAAAAAGAACCGUUAUUUUCUUCGCCGAUAAAUAAUUUCAGGUUUUCCCCAUCAUUUUAUCGGAUUGCGGCGGACACGCGAAUAGAAAAAAGCACUAUUCAACUGAAAACCAGGAAUCUCCAGCAACAAAUUUUUAACGGAACACUAAAUUUGCUUGAUUACUGAAUGAAGCUCAUUGAAAAUAUUCUUAGUUUUCUUUUUUCGCUAUGUUAUCUCACUUCUACAAUUCUAAAAUUCGAUCCUUGUGGCCGGAAGUUUGCCUACAAAGCUCACUUUCAGCGACACUUUAGAUUUCUGACGGCAAAAAGACGUAACAAUCGCGCACAUAAUCAUUUUUACGUUUGAUAAAGCUCUCUUUCAUCUCUACAACUUCUAAUAUUGACAAACUUCUGCUUUUCAUGUAUUUCAGCCAGAAAUUCACGCUACUCUUUCAUGGUUUUUUUAAAAUCGGUCUAUUUGCAUUGAGUUGCGAUUUUUUUCAUCCGUACAGCGUCUCUAGCCAUUAUAUAACAGUAUUCAAGCGUCACUGUCGUCAUAAAUCUGCGAAACAAUUCAAAAUAACCUCAAACUUUUAAACUUAUUUCGCAUCGCUACACAGUUUUGCACAAGGAAACACGACGGCUGCACCGAUUUGGCUCUGUGUGUGCUCAAAAUGACCGUCUAACUCCCAGCUACAAUAUAGCCUGUGACAAAAACGAAAAAAUUACGGCGUUCAAUUCUUACACGGGGAAUAACGCAAUUUUCGCCGAAAAUUUAUUAUUUUUGAACUCCCGCGCGUGCGCUGCAAGUGCGCUUCAAUGAUAAACGUCCACGCUGUGACUCAGUGGAGUGGUGGAAAAAGAGGAUGCGAACCAGUUCGAACGUGCUGUAACGGAACGAUAGUUCCGUGCCAGGAAUCAUGUGUUAACAGUGUAGAAAACGGAUUACUUUCUGGAAAGGUUAAUUGAGUUGGGGAGGGCAAGAGAAACCCACCUCUCCUCGAGGAAAAGAAGCGACAGAUACGAAAGCGCCUGUCACAGUACGGUUCGUCGAUCCGCAGACGCCCGUUGGACCAAAACAACUUCCGAUGGUUGUGGUCAUCCCGGAGAAGUUCGACUCGGCGGAGAUGAUGGGUGGAUACCUCGAUUCACUCAUUCCGAGGAAUGCGGCGGUGGAGAAACUGAUGGCUGGCCGGAAGUUGGAGGUGGCCAAGAGAGCGAAUCGAUCGACAUAA